GAGGAAUUUUAUACAUUUAACGAACAUUGGCCAACUUGCCCUUGAGCAUUUGUUUAUGUAUCUUAAAGCACUAAGGUUGACUAACAGGAACAAACACAGAACAUAUAGGCAUAAAACUUCAGCGGUGCGCAUGGAAAUUCAAUAUUAAAAGGCAAUUCUCUCAAACCAAGAACAAAAAAAAAAAAUGAAAAAGUGUGAGCUUUGCAAUUCUCUGGCAAAGGUUUAUUGUGAAUCAGAUCAAGCCAACUUGUGUUGGGAUUGUGACUCCAGAGUACAUGGUGCCAAUUUUCUGGUUGCUAAGCAUUUAAGAACUCUUCUUUGCCGUCUCUGUCAAUCUCCUACGCCCUGGAAUGGCUCGGGACCAAAGCUUGGCCCAACUUUAUCUGUUUGUGAUAGUUGUGUCAAUAGAAAUGCUUGCAGAGAGGAGAUAAACAAUGAAGAAGAAACACGUGAUGAUAAUAAUGAAGAUGAUCUUGGUGGGGAAGAUGACAGCAGUGAAGAUGAUGAUGAUGAUAGUGGUGGUGAUGAAGAAAAUCGAGUGGUUCCAUGGUCAUCUACGCCACCAGUUUCCAGUUCUUCAACAAGUGAAGAAUCUUCCACCAGGCUUGACAGCACCCAAGAAGGUGCUUCUCAAUCAAGAACAGUUCUUUCAUUGAAUCGCACGCUUGACACUGUAGAGCCCGCUUCUCGACAGGAUCACUCAGGCUGCUCAUUUUCUCCACAACAUCAGAGCAAGAAUUUGUCAAAUGAAUCAACCUCUUUAGAUGCUUUUAUGUCACUGAAAGACCAGAAAAUAACAAUGAGAGACCCUCUCAAGGGGUUUUAGAAGGGUAUGGCUGCUGGAGACAUCUGAAGAAGUCGAAAACACUGCUUGAUAUCUGCAAAUGAUGCAAAAGCUGCUUCAAGAUGUUAAUGGCAUUUUUACAGACUAAUUACUUUUCGUUUAAUAUGAGGUAACUUUCUCUAAUUAGAAGUCAGCCAGUCUUGAUUGGUAUGUGUCGGGUGUACUUAAUUAAAGAAGAAA